GCGGCGCGGUGCUCCCGGCCUGCUUUCGGUUUCGCACCCCCAGCUGCCUACCCUGUCCAGGCCCAGCCCGGCUCCAUGUACCGCGCGCUGUACGCCUUCCGCUCGGCGGAGCCCAAUGCGCUGGCGUUCGCCGCGGGGGAGACCUUCCUGGUGCUGGAGCGCAGCAGCGCGCACUGGUGGCUGGCGGCGCGGGCGCGCAGCGGCGAGACGGGGUACGUGCCGCCCGCCUACCUGCGCCGCUUGCAGGGUGUGGAGCAGGAUGUCCUCCAGGCCAUUGACCGAGCCAUUGAGGCUGUGCACAAUGCAGCCAUGCGUGAGGGUGGCAAGUACAGUCUGCAACAGCGUGGAGUCCUCCAGAAGCUAAUCCACCACCGGAAAGAAACCCUGUCCCGUAGAGGCCCCUCAACCCUCGGCCCUGCAGCUAUGACGCCAUCAACUAGUGACCAUUAUCUGGAUGCUGCUGCUUCCAGGCAACCCAAUGGGGUGUAUCGAGCUGGGUUUGAGCGGCAGCAUAGCCUGCCCAGUUCUGAGCAUCUUGGGGCAGAUGGAGGCCUCUACCAGAUCCCACCACAGCCUCGUCGAGCAGCACCCACCACACCGCCCCCACCUGUAAAGCGCCGAGACCGCGAGGCCCUGGUGGCCUCACGGAGUGGUGACCGCAACACCACACCCUCUGGGGGCAGUUCUGGGUCCAGCGGCUCCUUGGUCAGUAGCACUUCCCUGGACACGCUAUAUACUGGUUCCAGCCCCUCUGAGCCCGGCACCAGCUGCUCAGCUACACCCCCACCCGUGCCCCGCCGAGGUACCCACACCACUGUUUCCCAAGCCCAGCCCCCUCCCUCCAAGGCACCAACUCUCGAACCCCCUGCAGAGGAUACGGCAGUUGGUACAACUUUAGCCCCUGACGUGCUGGAAGCCCUGGGCACCCUGAGCCUGGAAACCCCGGAGGAGAAGACGGUGCCUGAAACAGCUGUGCCGAAGACCAUCGGGGCAGAGCUAAUGGAGCUCGUGAGGAGGAACACUGGCCUGAGCCAUGAGCUAUGCCGCGUGGCCAUCGGCGUCGUGGUGGGUCACAUCCAGGCCUCUGUGCCAGCCAGCUCACCUGUCAUGGAACAGGUCCUCCUCUCGCUGGUGGAGGGCAAGGGCUUGAGCACAGCCCUGCCCUCAGGGCAGGUCUGCCACGACCAGCAGCGGCUAGAGGUGAUCUUCGCAGACCUGGCUCGCAGGAAAGAUGAUGCCCAGCAGCGCAGCUGGGCCCUGUACGAGGAUGAGGGUGUCAUCCGCUGCUACCUGGAGGAGCUGCUGCACAUUCUGACUGAUGCAGACCCUGAAGUUUGCAAGAAAAUGUGCAAGAGGAACGGGUUCGAAUCUGUACUGGCCUUGGUGGCCUAUUACCAAAUGGAGCACCGGGUGUCCCUGCGGCUGAUGCUCCUCAAGUGCUUUGGUGCCAUGUGCAGCCUGGAUGCAGCCAUCAUCUCCACGCUUGUGCUGUCUGUGCUGCCUGUGGAGCUGGCACGGGACAUGCAGACGGACACACAGGACCACCAGAAACUCUGCUACUCCGCCCUCAUCCUGGCCAUGAUCUUCUCCAUGGGGGAGGCAGUGCCCUACGCACACUAUGAGCACCUGGGCACACCCUUUGCCCAGUUCCUGCUGAGCAUUGUCGAGGACGGGCUGCCCUUGGACACCACAGAGCAGCUGCCAGACCUCUGCGUGAACCUGCUUCUGGCUCUCAACCUGCACCUUCCAGCCCCUGACCAGAAUGUCAUCAUGGCUGCCCUAAGUAAACAUGCCAAUGUCAAGGUCUUCUCCGAGAAGCUGCUAUUGCUCCUGAACAGAGGGGAUGACCCUGUGCGAAUCUUCAAACACGAGCCACAGCCCCCACACUCCAUCCUCAAGUUCCUGCAGGAUGUGUUCGCCAGCCCUGCCACAGCUGCCAUCUUCUACCACACAGACAUGAUGGCACUCAUUGACAUCACUGUGCGGCACAUCGCAGACCUAUCCCCCGGAGACAAGGACUUCCCUGGACCAGCCAUAUUCUGGGACUGUCAGUGGAUGGAAGAAUUCAUUAAUUCAUUUAUUCAACAACUAUUGAAGGCCAAUUCUGUACCAGCACCGCCACCGGCUGCCCGACCUGCAGGCUACCCUGCGACGCAUCCUGACUGAGGAGGAGGCCUCACCCCAGUGCCAGAUGGACCGCAUGAUUGUCCGAGAGAUGUGCAAGGAAUUCCCGGUGCUGGGUGAGGCCCCCAGCUAGCACUCUCCCUGCCUCCCUUCCCUGCAGCCCUGGGCAGGGUGCAGGGGACUUUGAGGCUUGGCCCCAAGAAUGUUUUGUACUGAUGGUGCAGGGGGAGAAGAUGGUGGGAGGUCCCUGAAGAGGCCCCCCACCCAAAGUAGAGCUGAUAUUUGAAGGGGCCAAUUGUGGGAUUGGGGACCACGGUCAGGGAGCUAUGCUGGGAUGGAGGAGGGUGUACAAGCUGAAGCCCCUCUGUCCCCUGGUAGACUGCCUCUUCAGCAUGCCUCCCUCCCUCCCAUAUACACAUGCACACUCAGAGUCCUGCUGCUGCUCUAGGCUGGGCCAGAUCCCUCAUCCCUACGCCACCUGGUCUGUGUCCUGGGCUUCAGCAAGCCAUGUCCUUGGGGUGAGGGCAGGCAUCUCCUGCCAACUCUGUUCUUUGCCUUAGCUUUGCAGUGAGUGAUACUCAUGUACUCUGCACUCCACCCCCCACCCCCCACCCCCUUGGGGUUUGCCGCCUCUCGCUCCCACCCCCAGAGGCCUUGGCCAACCUGCUACUUUAAAAGCCAGAUCUUGGGGAUAGGCCGUCCAUUCUGGAGCCUCCCGGGAUGGAGUAAUGGCCCUGAGAAAGCCAAUGACAGAAUCUAUUUUCUUUGUAAAAAUGUAGAUUGAAAAGCCAUGUGUAUUUUCCUAUGUGCUGCAGCUUACCUUCGGAAAUAAAUAUAGGCAUCUGGCAACUGGCUUCUCCAUGUGAUCCUGGU